CUCCAACUGAACAUUAGAGGGAUUUUCCUAACCUUCUACAUAUUAUUUAUUUAUUUUUUUUAAUGAAAGAAACUCAUCAACAACAAAAUAGAGAAGACAGCUAAUAACUUAGCAGCUUAAAAUCUGUGGUGUGGAAGAAUAUAAUUUACUUUUUUUUUCUGAAGUGCAUGUUGUAAGGCAGCAUGUAUUUACUAUCACUUACACUGAUAUUUGUACUUUUUAUAACUCAUAUACGAGAUCUGGUUGAAGCGUGUAGCUGUGCACCAACUCAUCCCCAAAAACAGAUAUGUGAGGCUGAAAUAGUGAUACGUGCCAAAAUAUUAAGUGAAAAGGUGAUCCUGCCUAAAAGUGGCGAUCCUUUCAGGACUAAGAUGAUCCAGUAUGAAAUUAAACUUAUCAAGAUGUUUAAAGGAUUUGAGAAACUAAAAGACAUUCAGUAUGUAUAUACACCCUUUGACUCUUCUCUAUGUGGAGUGAAGCUGGAAGCCUAUAGCAAGAAGCAGUAUCUGCUGACUGGUCAGAUUUCUUCCGAUAAAAAAGUUUACAUACAGUUGUGUAAUUUGAUUGAGCCUUGGGAUGACCUGCCAUUUUCACAGAAGAAGAAUCUGAACCAAAGAUUUCAGAUGGGCUGUGAAUGCAAGAUUACUACAUGCUACACUGUACCCUGCACUGUCCAAGCCCGUAAUGAAUGUCUCUGGACUGACUGGCUCAUUGAGAGAACACUUUAUGGACAACAGGCAAUGUUCUACACCUGCAUUAAGAGGAGCGAUGGGUCAUGUAGUUGGUACCGAGGGGGACCUCUUCUAGAGAAAGAACCUAUUGACAACAGCGAACCAUAGACUGUUCCUUAUUGUCUUUGUGGCUUACUCAAUCUAACCUGUGCCAAACAUCAAAAGUUUAGGCAAUGAAGUGACAGUUCCUGAUGAAUUUGUUAGAAAAAAAAGCAAUAGGUUGCAUUAUACAGGCACUGUCCAGAUUUUAUUGGAUUGUGGUGAAGGUGGAGCGAGACCUUUUUUUGCACAGGGACCUUAUUGUAGAUAUAUUUCUUGGGCAGCAAACUGAUUUUGCAGAUUGUUCAAGAAAAGGCAGAAAGAUAUUUCCUUGUCUUCCUUUGUAAUGUCUUUCAAGUAGUCGUGUAGUUGGAACUGUGAAUGUUUUGUAAAGUUACAUUUAUAAAUAUACUUUAAAUAAUUACAUUUUCUUCCAUAAUGAAAACAUAUUGGUAUUUGUCUUCUUAAGGAACUGUGACCAAAUAUUAUCAAAUAUUAUCAAGCAAGGCAUUUCAGAAAAAAAUAUAUAUUAAUUGUUAGUAAAAUCAGAUAUAUAUUAAUUGUUAGUUUAAGAAAAUAACCCUCUAUUCUGUUUUCCCUAAGUGAUUGUGUGCACCUAGGUCGUAUUUUAGCCUAGGCAAACAAGGCCCUUGCCUAAGGCGGCAGAUUUUAGGGGGGCAGCACUUUUUGAGUUUCACUACACACACACACUACAUUAUGCACGCACACACACAAUAGUACACAGACUCACUACACACACACACUAACCAUAUAUACACACACACAGGCAUUUGAAAAAAAGUCAUGUUACACCCUCACCAAGAAAUAUUAUGGCCAAAAAAAACUAAAACCUGGGGGGGGGGGAGGGGUGCAGCAGAAUUUUGAGUGCCCAGGGCAGCACAAAAUACACCACUGUUGUGCACAUCAAUUACAUUUUAGAUUUCUGUAAACUGUAUUAUAAUAUUCUGUCCUUACAAAUGAUUUCAGAAUUGCUUGUUAUAACACAAGUUAAUAAAAAAAAUACCUAAAGUA